UAUAAAAAGUUGAUAACUGAGAAGUGAGAAAAACAGACUGAAACCACAAUAGGGAGGAGACACUUUGCUUAUGAUAGGAAGUAGAUAGUGUACUUCUGCAUUUUGAGAGUUCAGAGCGAGAGAAGAAGACAGAAAGAAAGACAGAGAAGCACGAUGGUUGAACUCAGAUGGAUUAAAAUGUCUUUAUUUCUGAUUCUGGGGCUUCAGUUUACAGCAGUAACUGGACAAACUUCCCUCUACAUCACUGUCAGAGAUGGAGAUGAAGUCACUUUGUCUUGUGAAAAUGUGAUGACUGAUCAGGAUAAAUGUGACAGAAUUACCUGGCUCUUCAAUGGUUUAAGAAGCACAGCAACAGUAGCGCUGAUUGAACUUGGGCAGAUUGUUGAAAAUGCCAAAGCUAAAUCAGACAGACUGAGUGUUACAGCGAACUGUUCUCUGGUUAUAAAGAAGGUCACAGUUGAGGAUGUUGGUCGUUACACCUGCAGACAGUUCAAAUCAGGACAAGAACAAGGUCAAGACUCUCGGGUUGAUCUGUCUGUUGUUACCAGUGAGGACACUAAAAGUGCUGCAACAACAAAAUCAACAACAACUACAUCAACAAAAACAACAAAAUUACGAACAACUACAUCAACACCAAAACAAGAUUUUCCAGAUUGGGCAAAGUUCAUCAUUGUGGCUGUGGGUUUAGCGUCACUCUUAAUAAUUGUUUUGGUGAUCAUCAGAUGGAAGAAAACUAAAGGGAAGAAAACACAGAUGGAUGAAAACAUUGGACUGAGCUUAAACCCUGCAGUGACUCCAGAAACCAGUCAGGACACGGCUGAUCCUGAAGAUGGUGUUUCCUACGUCUCCAUCAGCUUCACCGGGAAGACCAACAGUAAAGCCCGGGUUGGUGGUGAUGGUGAUGAUGAAGGUGAUGCAGUGACCUACAGCACUGUGAAAGCCUCCUCCUCUUCUGCUGGAGCCUCCACUGAUCCCAGCAGCCUCUACGCUACCAUCAACAAACCCAACAAAUAACAGGCCACAGUGUUCAUAUCAUUACAUUUAAUUUAUAACUGAUUAGUUAAAGCUUUCUGAUGAGAAAAUCAGUUUUUAUUCCCAGAAUCUCAGACAAUUACCCUUUACUUCAUAAUAGAGACUGUAUCCCUGUGGGGAAUUUGUCUAUACUGUCUAAACCUCAUAGAGAUUUUAUCCUAAUAAUCAGUUAUUUACAGUGUGCAGAACACACUCUGCUUGACACAUGAAACAGACAUAAAAAACAUUUUAGUUUUUUCAGUAUUAUAAUGAUUCAGUGUUUGAUAUGAUUUUCAACAUUUUUUUUCUCAUCUAUGUUGUAUUUCUGUAAAUAGCUUUCUGUCCAGAAAGGCAUGUAGUGAAUUAAGAUAUCCUUAAUGAACUCACUAUCAGUCGCUUUAUUGAGUUUGGUGAUAGUUGUGUUAAUGUUGAGUGAAAGUUAAAAUUGUAGUUUUCAUUGUUAUUUUAUUUCUUAUCAUUUUUGGACUGAACUGAAUUCUCUAAGCAUGUAUUUGGUCAAUUUUGAGUGUAAUAAUUUAAACAUGUGUGUCUCUGUUCAGUUUGCUUUGUUGAGGUACAAAAGUGUCAGAGGUGUGAUGUGAUCAACAUCUUUUACUUGGACUGAAUUAAUGGUGUCGCCCUUGAGACUCAUAUAUUAAAGAGCUUAAUGAGUGGAAACUGUGAGAAAUUAACAGAAGUUGUAAAUCUAUUGUUGACUUUUAAAGUUUUAAAUAAAUUUCAAAAUGUUUCAUGA